AUGUCCCUUUCUGGACUUCGCAAGCAGUUCAACAAAGCUAAUCAGUAUUUAUCCGAGACGAUGGGUGCGGCUGAGCCCACCAAACUCGAUGACCAGUACAACGAAAUGGAAAAGCAUAUUGAUACGACAUACGAGCUCAUCAGUGCUCUUGUAGCUGGAACGAAUGAAUAUCUGCAACCCAAUCCUGCAACUCGUGCUAAAAUGGCAACAAUGGGUGCCAUAUCAAAAGUCCGAGGUACUGUGAAGACAUCCCCUUAUCCACAAACAGAAGGAAUGUUGGCUGACACUAUGUAUAAGUAUGGAUCUGCACUAGGUGACUCAAGUGAUCUUGGAAAGGCUCUUCUCGAGGCAGCCGAAGCUUAUCGCCAUAUGGCCGACAUCAAAUAUCAAAUGGAGGAGAAUGUGAAGCAAAACUUCAUCGAUCCGCUAACUCAUUUACAGAAUAACGAGUUGAAGGACGUAAAUCAUCAUCGUACGAAAUUGAAAGGGCGUCGUCUUGACUAUGAUUGCAAAAAGCGUCAACAAAGAAGAGAUGAGGAGUUGAUCCAGGCUGAAGAAAAAUUGGAGGAAUCCAAGCGGCUUGCUGAGAUGGCGAUGUUCAAUGUGUUAAGCAAUGAUGUGGAACAAGUGUCUCAGCUGCGAGCUCUCGUCGAUGCGCAGUUGGAUUUUCAUCGACAAACAACACAAGUACUAGAAGCUCUGCAAGCCCAACUUGCCGCAAGAGUGAAAGAAGCGAGUUGUCGUCCACGAGCAGAACACCAUCCUCUACCAGUGCUCACGAACAGGACACCUCGUUCGAGGUCACCUGCAACGGACGGAUCAGUUGGUGGUCAAUCACAUGAACAACCACAGCAUUAUUCGAAUGGUGGUGGAUUCCAUGCGUCCGGUUCAUAUCCGUCCGUACCAUCUCAACAGCAGCAGCAACAACAACAGCAACAGCAACAAAAGCCCUCUGCAAGGGCCAUGUUUGAUUUUGAGGCCCAGAAUGAAGGGGAACUCAAUCUGAAGGAAGGUCAAGUGGUAGAACUUGUUGCGCAGGUGGACGAAAAUUGGUUUGAAGGGCGAUUGAAUGGGAAGAACGGCCUCUUUCCUAUUGCAUAUGUACAAGUUUUGGUUCCUUUGAGAUGA